CAUGAGGGUACUUUGAAACUCACUCAAUACUGCUACGCCGUACACUCUCAUGGAUCCUUCGGCGCAACGUCCAAUCCAUUUUACAGGGCAUCGCUAUCUUACCCAACGCCUCGUCCUCUCCACCCUGACCGGCAAGCCCAUUCGCAUCUCGAAAAUUCGUUCGUCCAAUGUCGAGAAUCCAGGUUUAGCGCCGCACGAAAUAUCCUUCUGCCGCCUUCUCGACUCGAUAACAAAUGGGUCCGAGUUUGUAUUCUCGGAGACAGGCACCCAGCUUCUCUAUCGUCCCGGCUUGAUCAGAGGCAGCGCGGCGGGAUAUGGUGCGACGACAAGCGGCGAGAUAAGGCACGAAUUGCCAGCCACAAUUGAAAGAGGCAUUAGCUGGUUCUUGAUACCAUUGUGCAUGCUUGCACCGUUUUCGGUGGCGAAUGUCAAUGUGCGAUUUACAGGGCCUGGCGUCAUCACCAGUGCGACAGAGAAGGGAGAUGUGAGUGUGGACACCGUUCGCAUGACUGUUCUUCCAAUGUACGAGCAUUUUGGCGUGAUGAACAAGCUUGAGAUUCGGACGACACAGAGAAGCAAUGCCGGUCCGGAAGGCAAAGGAGGAGCAGGCGAAGUACACUUGAUAUUCGGCCAUCAGGUCAGACUGCCUAAAACGAUACAUCUGCUGAACCCAGGCCGAAUCAAGAACAUCAGAGGGGUGGCUUACGCUAUAGGCGUGGCCGGAGCGAACAAUGCGCGAAUGAUUGAAGCGACACGUGGUGUGCUGAACCCAUUCGUGUCAGACACGCGGAUAUUCUCGGAGAAUACGAAUGCAGGAUUUGUGCCCUCUCCGGACAAGUCGAACCCUAGAGCGAAGAGGAAGAUUGGUAUCGGUUUUGGGUUGAGUCUGGUAGCUGAAACGUCCACAGGCAUUCGCUACUCAGCUGAUGCAGUGUCUCCCGUCGCUGGAGGCGUGCCGCCAGAAGAUAUCGGGAAGCAAUGCGCAUAUCAGCUUCUUGAGGUAGUUCAACAAGGCGGAUGCGCGACGGCCGUCACAGCACCCACCAUGCUUACACUAAUGGCUAUGGGGUCAGAAGAUGUCGGCAGGCUGCAUCUUGGACGAGAUGUAGUGGGCUCCGAAGAUAUCAUUCAAUUGGCGAGGGACUUUAAAGAUUUCGGCUUGAGUGGCUGGGGACUGAGAGACAAUGGUGAUGAUUCUGAAGCGGGCGUUGUGGUGAGUAUUGUUGGCAAGGGCGUCGGCAAUGUCGGAAGAAAAAUAGCAUAGAUACCCAAAUGUCAAAAACAAAUAUUCACUCA